UUCCAGGGUGGGCAGAACAAACCGAUAGUGUUUCUUGCCUUGGAGUCUUGUUUCUAUGGCAGUGAUCAGCCAGUGGCAUUGACAGGACAGAUAGGCCUUAUCUGUCUGACCUGGACUGAGCCUGGGCAAUCUUUCAAGCUGGGAUCCUCAGCACAGCAGCCAGUUCAAAGCAGCAGAGGAGCAGCUUCCCUGGUCAGUGUGCAGGAAAAUGGAUGUCACUAUGGCUGUUCUGUUGGCCUUGGUUCUGGGACUUCUUGUGGUCAAGUUUGCUUUGUUUCAGCCAAGAAACCCAAAUUCCCCACCUUGCAUUAGUGGCUGGAUCCCUUGGUUGGGAGCUGCAUUUCAGUUUGGCAAAGCUCCCCUGGAGUUUAUAGAACAAGCCAGAGUCAAGUAUGGGCCAAUAUUCACAGUGUUUGCUCUGGGAAACCGAUUCACCUUUGUGACUGAGGAAGAAGGGAUUGAAGCAUUUUUUACAUCUAAGGACACAGAUUUUGAGCAGGCGGUGCAGCAAACGGUCCAGCGCACAACUUCAGUUCCUGCAGAAAUCUUUUAUCGGAACCAUAGCAGACUCUAUAGCAUGAUGAAAGGAAAAAUGGGUACCUCUAGCCUGUACCUUUUUGCUGGGACUCUGUGUCAAGAAUUACAUGAGCACAUGGACUGCUUGGGCACAGCAGGAACUGAGAAUCUCAGUGAUCUAAUAAGAUCUGUCAUGUAUACAGCAACCGUAAAUAUCUUAUUUGGAAAAGGCGUCUGUCCAACAAACAAGAGUGACAUCAAGGAGUUUGAAGAGCAUUUUCAGAAGUAUGACGAGGGUUUUGAAUAUGGGUCCCAGAUGCCUGAGUAUUUUAUGAGAAACUGGUCUAAAUCCAAAAAAUGGCUUCUAAAAGUGUUUGAAAAAGUGGUAUCAGACGCUGAGAGAGCCAACCCGUCAGACAGCGAUUCCAAGACACUGCUGCAGCAUCUCCUGGAUAACUUAUAUGGAAAACAUUUAGCUCCCAAUUACGCUCUCUUAUUGCUCUGGGCCUCCCAAGCGAAUGCUAUGCCUGUGGCAUUUUGGACCCUGGCAUUUAUACUAUCCCACCCUUCUGUUUACAAGAACAUCAUGGAGGACGUCGGUUCUGUUUUUGGCAAAGCAGGUAAAGAGAAUAUUGAAAUAUCUGAAGACGACCUUAAGAAGCUUCUCUUAAUUAAAUGGUGCACUUUGGAAGCCAUACGGCUAAGGUCUCCAGGUGCAAUCACUAAGAAAGUGGUGAAUCCAAUAAAAAUUCAGACUUUCACCAUCCCUGCAGGUGACAUGCUGAUGUUGUCUCCAUAUUGGGUGCACAGGAAUCCAAAAUACUUUCCGGACCCUGAAACAUUCAGACCUGAUCGUUGGAAAGAGGCAAAUUUAGAGAAGAAUGCUUUCUUGGACGGCUUCGUGGCAUUUGGAGGAGGGAAGCAUCAGUGUCCAGGAAGGUGGCUUGCUAUAAUGGAGGUUCACAUGCUUGUCAUUUUGUUCCUUUACAAAUACGAAUUUAUUCUUUUGGACCCAGUACCAAAGGAGAGCCUUCUCCAUUUAGUGGGGACACAGCAGCCCGUGGGAGCAUGCCGGGUUCAGUAUAAACUCCGGCAAUGAAAGCUGACUUGACUAAUUCUGGUUCCUUUGCCAGCCGCUGUCUGUGAGGGACCGUUGCUCUGUUUCACUUUGGCAUGUCCUGUGUGCCCAAAUGUAGUCAGUGCCAUAAGCAGUUGUUUAAAUAGUUUCAAAUGCUGUAUGUACUCUGAGUAGUUUUUAUAUCAUGCCCAACACUGUGGUAUCUAAGCACCUGGGCCUGUGUGUCUAGGACACGGUAUUUAAAACCCAGCCUUCCUUUAUGCAUCUGCAAUUUGUGGGUGCAAUGAUUGGCAGUGUGUAGCUAUCUAACUUGCUGGCUGCACCCACAAGUCAGGCGUUUAGGGGCCAGAUUCAUUAUGCUCACUAUUACUUUGGGGCACCAAGUGGGAGGCUGUGCUGGGAGCUCUUUGAAAAUCAGGUCCUGUUGGCCCAAUUCACACUUGUGCUGCAUGUUCACUUAGACCAGUGCAAAGUGGCUGGUAAGCGUUAGCAGGUCAGAACAGUAAUACUUUGCACUGGUGUAAAUGAAUACACAAAGUGCAGGACAAUAGUGAAUUGGGCCCUCUGGAUCAAAUCCUCAGCUGGUGUAAAUCAGCAUAACUCCUCUGUCUUUGCUGGAACGUUCCUGAUUUACCCCAGAGGAGGAGCUGACCUGUGUCUAAACGAAGGCUAAAUGAUUGUAAAUGAAAUAUAUGAAAAGUGAAAGUGAUCUGCACCCUUGGUGCAGCCAAAACUUCUACUGACUUUUCUUGACCUUUGGUUGCUCCAGGGAUUCAGAAUUGCCCCCUACCUUAUAGUCCAAUGAAAGCCUUGCCAUGAUGUUUGUUUUCCAUUUUAUACUUUGCAAGAAAACUUUGUCUAAGGUCUAGAAGACUUUUUUGCUUUCUUUUAAUGAUUUACAGCAUGUGAGAUGCCAACCUUUUUUGGCUGUUGCACAAAUCUAAAAAUAUCUAACCCUAAAAAGAAAAUCUGGAAUAAAGCACUGUUUGAGGAAGCAGUUCAACAAAUUAAAAAUGUCUUUUGGAAUAUACAAAAUUUUAACUGCUGUCAGAUAAUAGCCUUGUUUGUAUAUCUUAAGUUUUAAGUAAAGACUACUGAUCACUUUUACAAAUAUUUGCCCCCCAAAAGGACAUUUUAAAACACUAAGAACUACAGAAUAAAGUUCCAUAGGAAAAAAAUAUAUAACAGCUGUAGCAUGAUGCACUAAAUUGAUGACCAGAUCUUAUCUCGCUUGGUUUAUGGAUCUGACGGUGUUGCAAGCUAGCCACAUGGUUGGCUAGUGAUUUUGGUAGUGGUAUAUUAUAGUGGUCUCUAGUUGUGUUCAUUAUAGUUACAUCUGCAAGACAGUUUCCACUCUCUCACCUCCUGUUUUUAGUUGCUUAAGUGGGUCUGAAACUUUUAGAGCUGAUAUUUUCAUGUGUGGUCACUGCCUAAAAGUAUGUCUCUUUAUAUAUUUUUAAUUUUUGAAAGUUUGAGCAAAAUCUGUUCUGGUAUUUUGCAAUCGUGAGCAUGGAAAAUGUCUUUCCCGUUGCUUUAAAAUAAACACUCUCAUGGUUUCCCCCCCCAAAAGGGCAACAUCACACUUGAUACACCAGUAAUCCCGAAUGAGCAGUAAUGACACUAUGUGCUAUGAACAUAUUUUUUGCAGCAGCAGAGUUAUGUGUUACCAGAUUUGCCUGUUACUUUGGGGUAUGCUCAUUUAUUAGGGUUACUUGUCUGCAGGGGUGGAGGGGGUUUCUGUAAUUCUAUCAAUGUACUGCUUGUGUCACGUAUGUUCUCAUAUGGAGCUCUACUUCUCCCUUCUGCAAGUUCCCUCCCACUGGAGCUAUCCUGCAGGACCUAGGUUCCCCAGGGCUGGGUUCCUCCAGCCCCAGAAUCAGAUGAACACGCACACACAGAUUAACAGAGUGCAUCUGAGUGGACCAGGUCAAUCAGCACUCCCAAGCUGACCCUUUAUAUGCCCCUGGACCCAGAAGACUGGAUCAAGCAGCACUUUCAAACUGCCACCCUCCUAUGCCACAGGUUCAGCAUGUCCCUAUCCCCAGUUUGACAUUACAAUUGUUCUAGUAGUAACCCACUUGAUGAGAAAACCCCACGGGAUUUUUGGGCGCUACAGGGAUCUUCAGCUUAGGUAAGAGGAGUGUUGCUGCAGAGCAAAUGGGGAAGCCAAAAACACAAAACAGAGAGAGAGGGAGGAAGGGAAGCAACCAAUUUAACCAUAAAAGUUAUGUAUUGCCAGGUAAUAACCAUACAAGGGGAGCCAAACAACCAAAACAGUUACAGUAUUAAAUCUAGCUUAAAUCUGAUUACAAAAGUCAGGUUUAGAAAACAAUACCCGAUCCCACAAGUCAGGGUUAGAAAGCGAUACCUAGAGUAGAAAAAAAUACAAGAGAGAGAGAUUUGGGUUCUCACCACUCCGGGAAGCUUGAACCGGUCGGGGUUCCCAGGUGGUGGUGGUAGCUGAGGGUCCAGGGUGCUGGAGACAGGCAGAGCCCUCAGCA